AUGGCCUCCCCUGACGUUCUAUCUGUCGAAUCUAGGAGUCCCGCAUUUGGAGACAUUCCCUACCAAAUCGAUCACGAGCAUUAUGUCGACACAAGGCUCGAUAUUUUGGUGAAAGCAGAGCUGCCUGCCGGCUUCCCAUCUCAAGUACAGACCUCUAUGACAUGGACGCCUGGUGAUCUCGCUGGUUUGGAGUCACAAUGGAUGGUGGAGCUGAGCCAGAUUGAAGCUUAUGCUGUUGAAGAGGCUAUCAAAGCUUUCAUAGAUUCAAAGAUAGAACUCCAACAGAUUAGCGAAGAGACCUUCAUCCUACCCCGGAGCCUGACAGAGAAGCUCGAUCGGAUCUCAGACACCUGUCAUAAUGGACUCGGCUUCUGCAUCUUGCGAGGAUUGAAAGCCAUACAACGAACCGAGGAAGAGAGCGCCGUGUUAUUUGCAGGUGUCUCCGCCUAUGUUGGCCCCCGGAGAGGACGACGUUUGAUUGUUCAUGGAAAAGGACUUACGCAACGGACAGCGCAUUUGUUCAAAAGACACAGCAAUUACCCAGGUGAAUAUGUUCCACCCAGUUAUAGCAACGAACCUUUGGCAUUUCAUACUGAUGAUGGCGAUAUCGUGGCUUUGUAUUACUCAUCUACAGUAGAGCAAGGUGGACGCACACAACUUGUGAGCCAAUCCAGAGUAUACAACGAACUUGCGGCAAUCCGUCCAGAUCUUAUCAAGGUAUUGGCCGAAGACUGGUUUAUUGAUACAUACUACCGACCGGAAUCUCGAGCACGAAAGCUUCCCUUACUGUACCGCCAUGGAGAAGAUGGAAUUACGAUACAGUAUACAAGGCUUCCCUUCUCCGGGUACAAAGGGAGCCGACAAAGGAAGGCAGAUCUUGAUCCGUUGACGCAGACGCAGAUAGAAGCUUUGGAUGCUCUUCAGAUUCUUGCCGAGAAGUACUCCUUCUCUACGCCAACCCAGCCUGGAGACAUCCUCUACUUCAACAAUGUAUGUCUGUUCCAUGGGAGGGAGCCAUAUGCUGAGUCCAGCUCUCGUGAAGCGGCUCCGACAGAAAUGAAUCGUCACGUGCUCAGGCUUUGGCUGCAGGACCCCAAGAGGACUGCACCACUUGCUGCCCCAUUGCAGAGGAUUUGGGACGAAAUAUAUGGUCCGAAUACAAAGAAUGGACGGGAAGAGAUAUGGAAUGUGAAGGCAAUGGCGUCGUUUGCCAUGAAUGCAGACAAGAAUGGUUGA